AUGGCUCUAGCUGAAAAGAGAUAUCGCUCGAUGCAAGAGCACAUCCGACGUGCGCAUCCCGAGCACUACAUUCAGAAGCUCCCUGCCACCGAAGAGAGCUUCCUACUCAUGAUCAGCACCGAUCCGUCCACCCGUGUCCAGCAGCAGCCCCAGCCCAGCGCAACUUCAGCUCCUGCGGGUGCGUUCCCAUCAAGUCAAGGGUUUUCCCCCCUGAUUGACCGUUUUCAAGGCUUCCUCCACGAUCGCCAUGCCUACGAUUCGAGCAGUCCGGGCACCCCGCGGAACGUGAACCACGAUGAAUACGGGACGCCGGGCUCGCUGCUGCCUGCCGCGAGCGCAGCGGCGGCCCUGGCGCAGCUACAUGGGCACAAGAUUGAGCCCGAAUGGGAGUCUGAGAUUGAUUGGCACUCGGACACCGAAGGGCGCCGUCCGCCUCGAACGUCCAUCGAGCUUCCCCCGAUCCAUUUGCCCCCUCACGACAUCACCAGCGAGCCUUUCCCCGCCAUGAAUUCCAGCAGGCCGCGCGAUAUACUCCCUUCUAUACUAGCAAACUCGCCCCCCGGUCGCUCGUCAACGCUGCCUCCAAUCCAACGAUCAGCUGGCCCAAGCCGCCCGAGGAAGCAAUCCGUCACAAAGCGGGGUCGAGAGGGGUACCACAAGAAACAAAAGUCGCGAGGAUCUGCCAACGACUGGCUCCGUCGAAUCCAGAAUGAUGACCGACUGGGGCCAAACAACCGCAAAGCACUUUCUGCUGAGCCUUCGGCCGAUUAUGGAAAGCGCUGGGAGGAUCUCAUCGACGCCGCCGACCAAGCUGCUUCCGCUGCAGGCGACAUCGAUGAGGACCGCACACCAGUACGUCAACUCCAGUCUGAUGCGAGUCUAGAUCGGCUGAUGAGCUAUCAGGUCCCGCAAUCACCCGUCUCCAUCCCGCGGGCUUCCAUGCCACCAUUCCAACAACACAAUUUCCACGGUGGGAACAGCUAUCAGGCGUCCCCGCUGCAGCAAGCCCUUACCCCGCCAUCCUACAGCCAGGACACCAUUGACCCCUUUCCUUCGGUUGAAAGUGGUGAAAGCGGGGAGAAUUUCCACAUUGAGUCACGCGGGCUUUCUGAUUCGUCCCCGACAUAUUCCUCCCAGAAUACCCAGAUCUACUGCGCUGCCUGCCAGAGCGUUUCAAGGCUGAAAGAGUCGUACGCGUGCACCGAGUGCAUCUGCGGCCUCUGUCAAGCUUGCGUCGACGUCCUCAUGGCAGAACAGGGAGCUCGAAGGAAGUGCCCCCGUUGUGCUACGAUAGGGGGCAAAUUCAAGCCAUUCCAGCUGGACAUUAGGUGA